AUGAGCUCAAUGGGCUUUCAUUGUUUAAGAUGGAACCAAUAUUCGGGCCAUUGGUACUUUCUGGAUGGUACAUUGAGGACCUUCAAUGAAUCACGGAUUUAUUGUGCCAGCCUGACUCCACCAUCUUAUAUCAUUGAGGUAAACUCUGAAGCUGAAAACGAAUGGCUUACUAAUUUGGCUAACCAUUGUGGAUUACCUAACGAAUACUGGCUAAACGGGAACGAUACGGAUAAUUCUGGGACAUUUACGUGGAUUGAUGGUAAAAUUCAGACAACCUUCACCAACUGGCUCCCUGGUGAACCAAGCGAUGCUGCUGGCGUGCCGGCGGAGUGUGUUGUGUCGGCGACUGGAGUAAAAGGGGUGUGGCUCGACAUCACGUGCGCGUCCACGAGGAGGGUCGUUUGUGAAAGAAAUUUCUAAUAAAUCAAUGCAGGUUUAUUUUUUAGAAAUAUUUGUUAUUACAGACUUCAUAUUUGUAUGUACAAAUAGCUCACGAUUUUCAUGAAAAAAAAAUAUCU